CCGGUGAUUGGCCCGACUCCUGGCCUCCAAUCCCCCGCCCCACCAUGUUCCCCGCCAGGCUGUCUCUGGUCGCGAUCCUGGGAGAGCAAGACUGAGUAUCCCUGAGCUGCCUGGGUGGGGAAACGCCGCCUCGGGGGAUUUUGAGAAGCAUGUCUUCUGUUUGGAAGACUCCGUGUGGAUCAGAUGCAGUGUCUGAGAUGGUGGUGAAAAUCAUUGGAAGUAAACAUUUUCGGUACCUCGUGGAGAAGCCAAAGAUCAAGGAAAAUGAGAACUUGAAGGCAGAAACUCAAACAGUACUCCAGAAAUCCAUGAUUGGUAGUGCAAGACAGAUGAGCAGAGACUCCCCAGCUCCUACUAAUCCUACUGAUCAUCAAAUCAACCAUGACCCAGAUGAUGAGGAAGAAAACAAGCACCAAGAGAACAACCAGAGCCCAGAGAACAACCAGAAAUUCCUCACAGGAGCACUCACAAGCAGAUUUCUGGAUGGCAAAAUUUCCAUCCAGGCAAAUGUCCAUUGUAGCUCAGUACCAACUGGAGACCAGUCCCUAUCCUAUAUCCAUGGCCUCCCCGGGAGAAACCUCAGAGACUGGUCUUUGGAACAGAUGGCAAGGGACAGCUCUGACCAACCUAAAGAUUUUGGCCAGAGGCCAAGUGGAACAACAAGAGAAGACGCUUUUCUUCUUGCCCUGGUCAGAAGAGAACUCAGCUCGCGCCCUUUGAGUUCUGGCUUACUAGAAACGCUUCAGAAAGAGCUGAAGAUCCUGGAUCCUAUCUCUUCAGGAUUUCUUCUCCAGUCUCAGCUAAGCCACUUAAGACAGGAAGUCCCUCUACAGUUACCAAUAGUCAAGAUCCUUUGCCAGAGAUUUUCUAAGAGGGGCUCUCCAGAAAUGGUGAGCUACGGAAAACUCCUCUGGUUUUUAAAAGCUGCAGCUUCAGGUGACCCCCAGCAAAGCCAAAGAGUUGUGGACAGCAACGGGAACAAGAGUCAGAGUUAUCAUGAUCAUGGCCAAGGUACUGCUCGUCAAGAUGCCAGCCCACAGUCAGAAGUGAGCAAGAGCCUGUCGGAGAUCUUGAUGGCACUAAGGACAACUAACGGGAAACUCAACAUAGAGAACCUCAGUCGGAAUUUUCAAAAAGAAGACUGCUCAUUUUCUGGCUCCCUGCCCCUACCCAAGGUCAGGGCUAUAUGCGGAAAACAUGGAUUAUAUCUGACUUUGAGUUUUCUGGAAACAUUGCUAAGCCACCAGAAUUUGGGUUAUCAUGGUGAAAUAAAAUGGCAGAAUUUUGUUGAACUGUUGAGUAAAGCAUCCUCCGAUUUGCCACAUGAUUUGCCUACAGGAAAGAAAGCAAAAGAAACCUCUGCCACUACCAUGCAGGCUGAAGCUGCUAAGAUAUCUCAAGGCAGAACAGAACAUAUGAAAAUUCCAGAAGAGAAGCUGCAACCAGAAAACGCUCCUGCUGAGAUUUCAGCCCCCAAAGAUCCCCUGAAAGCUUUGAAGGUCAGGCCAAUCUCACAGCCUUUCGUGACUCCAAUGAUGAAGAACGAGCCUGAAGAAUAUGAGACAUGGAUUGACAGGUUCAGGAAGCUGGAAAAUGCCCUCUACCUGUGUGACCUGACUAAUACAGGAGUCCUGGAAAAGGAACAGGCCAGAUGCCUCAUUCACAACUACAAUCUCAUUUACAACCUGUCCCUGAGCCCUCGGAAGAUCGACCAAGCCUUGAGGAGAUUCCGUGCUGGAGAAAAUAUGCUCUUGGAGCCAGCACUCCAGUACUUAAAGGAGCUAUGGUAACAAACCCAUAUUGUGAGAACAGAUGUUUCCUUUUUCUUCCUUUCUACCCAGACACGUGUUUCUCCCCAGCCCAUGCAUAGUGGUGGAGACACUGUCACAGAGUCAAGGCCGAUGCAGCAACUGAAGAUGCUUUGGACUUGGGCUUCAUUUCUAGCUAUGAUACUCCCUGAUAGGCAGCUCAGAGUGACCCGAGAAAACCAGGUUUCCUCUCCUGAGGUGGCAAGAACCCAAUUUCUUAA